UUAGUACGACGCGUACGAAGCGCGAAAUGACGACCGCGUAGUCUCAGUUGGACUCCGUCAGUCUUCUGUGUCUCAGCAUGGAGGGGAUCUACGUCAGGCAUGUGGAGCUUCUGGGCUUUGAGAAGCGAGAUUUCCCGAGUCAGCACUACGUUUACAUGCUGAUGGUGAAAUGGAGCGACCUCUCAGAGAAGCUGAUCUACAGGACGUAUCCUGAGAUGCACACCUUCCAUAAAUCGCUGAAGGAGAUGUUUCCAAUCGAGUCUGGUCAAAUAGAAAAGAGGGACAGAAUCAUUCCUUCAUUACCAGCGCCACGCUGGGUGGACACACAGAAGUCGACAGAAACCAGGCAGAGCACUUUGGCCGACUACUGCCACUCGCUGAUCAACCUGCCGCCUCACAUCUCCCGCUGCAGACACCUCACCAACUUCUUUAAGGUUCGACCUGAGGACGAAAACCCACCUGCCCCAAACACACUGAAACGAAACGAGACAUUUGUGGUGUCCAGGGACUUGGCCCGAGGCAACGCAUCUGAGAUUUCUGGCCCCAUCAUACUGGACACCUACAGGGUGAUCGCUGACUUCACCAAGACGUCCAAACACGAGAUCAGCCUGAACACCGGCGACCUGGUGGAAAUUGUGGAGAAAAAUCAAAAUGGUUGGUGGUUUUGCCAGUGUGACUCUAAACGAGGCUGGAUUCCUGCGUCAUACCUGGAGCCUCUGGACCAACCGGACGAGUCUGAGGAUGCAGAACCAGAUUAUGAAGGAGAACUGUUCGUCGCCAUCAACGCCUACAAGGCAGAGCAGGAGGACGAGAUUUCUCUGGGGCUGGGUGAGACCAUCGAGGUCAUUCACAAGCUGCUGGACGGCUGGUGGGUCGUCAGAAGAGGAGAAGAGAUCGGCCAUUUCCCCUCCAUGUACCUGCAGAAGGCGAGCAACAGCGAGAAACUGGAGACACGCAGGACCAACCUGCAGGGACAGAAACCACCACCUCGCAGAUCCACCAUCAGAAACGCCAAGAGCAUCCACAACAGGUCUCGCAAGCGUGUCAGCCAGGACACCUACCGCAGGAACAGCGUCCGGUACCUCCAGCAGAAAGGCAGCCGCCCCCCAAAGUCACCGCUGAGGGAGAGGAAAAACCAGAACAACAUCCCCGAGCUGUCCGGCUCCAGUUCAGAGAGCGACGUGAAGAGGGAGGCUCCGGUCAUCCCUCCCCGGCCGAGUCCGGAGCUCAUCCUGGAGCGCUGCACCGACAACACCCGCAAGAAAGUCAGCAUUCACAAGUCCCGCUCCAGCUCCGGCAGCUAGCUCAGGAGCUCAUUGUAAAAGUCGCAAUGAAGCAGCCUCUUUUUCUGCAGUACUGCAAAUAAAAUCAGAAAAAUGCAGAGAUGUUCUUAAGCAUUUUUUACAUUACAUUACAGAAUAAGGUGAAAGUUACUAAAAAGGUGAAAACAAUUUCCUUAUUUAACUGUGAUUUUAAAGAAUCAGGCUGGUAUUAUUCUAUAUUUUAUAAUAAUCACCAAAUCCCAUAAAAAGACCCAAACCAACAGUUAGUCUGUGGCUCUCUGUGCUUUCAUGGUCAUCCACUGGAACAGGGAUGUGUUUUUUAUGGAGCUCUACAAUAAAACAUAUCAGGCUGUGAUAAACACAC